UCGAUGUAAUUACAGCUCGUGUUCCGGAACAGACGGUGCAGCACCCAUUUAUGUUGACAAUAAUAACUACUUUAUAUUGGUGCCCCCUGCAGAAGAUAUAAACAAGCAAUUAUUAAGCUGCGCUUGCGCUUGCAAUAUGGAAUCUAACCAAGAAACCAAUCGUGAGAUGCCCGAUUACGACGAGUUACCGAAUGUUAAAAACCAUAUUAUUAUUGGUAAACUAGACGGCAAUAAAAGUUCACCAACAGACCCAAGCGACUUAAAUAAACAUUUCGAAAGCAGUAAAGGUGAAGAUAUGGAUCAAUGUGACUGCUGUGACUGUGAGCAAAGUGCGUAUCUCGAGGUCCCUGUCAGUGAUAAAGAAAAAGCCACUUGUCGUGGCUGUGUCACCAAACAACACGCACACGUCAAUAAGAAUCACACAAAGUUCAAAGAAGCCUUCACACAAACUGACUGGAGUGGUAUAGUGCUGGAAGUCCGACCUCUGGAAAACGGGAGCUACGAAUUCCACAUACCAUCGUUAAAAGCUCUCAAAAUGGCUAACUCUUUAUAUUAAAGAGGACUUCAAAUCAAACCGC